AUGUGUGACACUAUCAAGAAGCCUUCAAUUCUAGCUGAUCAGAAUGAACAAAACUCUUCCACAAAUCUUGAUGCAGCUAUUGAAACCGAAGAGAUUCGUGACACCACAGAGAAAUCCUUGACUCAAAGCAACCAAGAUGCAGAGAAACUUGCCACAGCACAAACUAGAGAAGAAUCACUUGAUUCAUAUGUUGAGACUCAAGAGAUGUGUGACACCAUCAAGAAGCCUUCAAUUCGAGUUUAUCAGAAUGAACAAAACUCUUCCACAAAUCUUGAUGCAGCUAUUGAAACUGAAGAGAUUCCUGACACUACAAAGAAAGCCUUGACUCAAAGUGAUCAAGAUACAGAGAAACUUGCCACAGCACAAACCAGAGCAAUUGAAACUCAAGAGAUUCAUGACACCAUGGAAAAAACCUUGAUUCAAAGUGACCAGGAUGCAGAGAAACUUACCGCAGCACAAACCAGAGCUAUUGGAACUCAAGAGAUUCAGGACACCAAGGAGAAACCGUUGACUCAAAGUGACCAAGAUGCAGAGAAACUUGCCACAGUACAAACCAGAGGUAGUAUUCUUUAG